CCAAUAUCUUAAGCAAAAUGUAAUUAUCGUUUGGGUUUUUGUUUAAUUAAUAUAUUCUACUCCGAAUUGAAUAAUGCAAUUAUGCAAGGGAAAUCCCAAUGCCUCCUUCCUUAAUUGCUGGUUUAAUCCGAAUCUAUUAACCAAUCAACAUCCCAUAAAAAUAUAGAUCUAAUCUCUCUCUGUCUAAAGACUCACCGGAGAUGAAAGAGAAGUCGCCGGAAAACCGAUCUCCGGUGCCAUUACUGUACCGGAGACAUUCGAGUGGAGAUAUUAUGAACAAUCUGGCAUCAGUCUCAAGCAGUCUGUUGCCAGCUUUUGGAACUGUUGUUGGCGGCGAUUCACCUCCCCUUAGAGACUAUGUUAUUGCACCUUAUGAUCGACGCUACAGAUGGUGGCAAGCAUUUCUAGUGGUACUUGUUAUAUAUUCCGCAUGGUCAUCCCCGUUUGAGCUGGCUUUCAAGAAGGUGGCCACAGGAUCUCUCCUAUACGUCGAUUUAGUAGUCGACUUCUUUUUUGUAGGUGACAUCUUCUUAACUUUCUUCGUGGCCUAUUUGGAUAAGUCAACAUAUCUACUUGUCGAUGAUCAUCAAAAGAUAGCCACAAGGUAUGUCACUCAUAUGAUGUUCCCAAUGGAUGUGGCAUCAACACUCCCAUUUCAAGCAAUAUACAGACUCUUCACCGGAAAACUACACCGUGGGGAAGUCUUUGGCUUUCUUAAUCUUCUUAGGCUUUGGCGGCUAAGGCGUGUUAGCGAGCUCUUCUCAAGACUAGAGAAGGAUACACGCUUCAGCUACUUCGGGACAAGAACUCUCAAGCUAAUUUGUGUUACACUUUUUGCAGUGCACUCAGCUGCAUGCUUUUACUACUGGAUAGCGACUCAUCAUAAACAAUCGGAUGAUACAUGGAUCGGAUCUAUUAUUCACAACUUUGAGGACAGAAGCAUUUGGUUAGGAUACACGUAUUCAAUGUAUUGGUCAAUUGUGACCCUUACAACUGUUGGCUAUGGUGACUUGCAUGCAGUAAAUACAGGAGAGAAAGUAUUCAAUAUCUUCUAUAUGUUAUUCAACAUCGGGCUCACCUCUUAUCUAAUUGGAAACAUGACCAAUUUAAUUGUUCAUAGUGCUGUUCGAACUUUUGCCAUGAGGGACGCAAUCAAUGAGAUUUUAAGAUAUGCGAGCAAGAACAGGCUUCCGGAAGGAUUGAAAGAGCAAAUGUUGGCACAUAUGCAACUUAAGUUUAAAACAGCUGAGCUACAACAAGAAGAAGUUCUAGAUGAUUUGCCAAAGGCGAUUAGAUCUAGUAUUUCUCAACAUUUGUUUCGUAAAACUGUUGAAAAGACUUAUCUUUUUAAAGGCAUUUCAGACGACCUUAGCAGACAAUUGGUUACAGAUUUAAAAGCAGAAUACUUUCCACCAAAGGUUGAAGUUAUAUUACAAAAUGAGAUACCAACGGAUUUCUAUAUUGUAGUAUCUGGAGCAAUGGAGGUGUUGACACACAAAAACGGAAUGGAACAGUUUUUGAUAAAAUUAGGCCCAAUGGAUAUGUUUGGUGAAAUUGGUGUACUCUUCAACAUUCCACAACCUUUCACUAUAAGAAGCAAGAAGCUUUCUCAAGUAGUCCGAAUUAGUCACCAUCGCUUCAAAAAACUAGUGGAGCCACUUGAUGAUGAUGGAAAGACGAUAAUGUCCAACUUCACACAGUAUCUCAAGGACUUAAAGAAGGAAAUGCAAGACGAGAUGCCAUUUUUGUCAGAGCUUUUAUUGGACUUGAAUAUUGAGCAAACCAGAUCAGUUAAUCAAUCAGAAAACCGUGAAGCAUCGAAUUAUGGUCGAGAUGAUAGAGAAGUUACACCCACUUCUGUUCUCUCAAACACAUUUCUCUUAAGGGUGGUAAUCCAUGGACAUCAUCCACAUGAGAAAACAAUAGAUGGAAAAAGGACAGGAAAACUUGUCCACUUACCAGACUCAAUAGAAGAGCUUUUGAACUUAGCAGAGAAGAAGUUUGGGAAAAGAGGAACUACAGUUCUCAUGGCUGAUGCAUCUCAAGUGGAAGAUCUUAAUGCUUUAAGAGAGAAUGACCACCUGUUUAUAUCUUGAAUACAUGAAAUACAAAAAAAAAAAAAAAAACCAA